UCUGGGUCACAUGACAGCUGUGAAGGAAGCAGAGUUUAGUGAAACACUGGAAUGACAGAUUGGACCGAAGUGAGGUGACAGCUGAGAGUAAGAAGUGAAAAACUUACCUGUGGAGUUUCUGACAUCAGGAUCUACAGAUAAUAUGUCUUCUUCUAUGGUUCUGGUUCUGCUCUCUAUCUCAGCCCUUCUGGUCCUGUCUGCAGGAAGCAGUAAAUGCAUCUCCAGGAACUUUGGCCACGACUCGGUGGUCUGUGAGUGUAACUCCACCUACUGCGACUCGGUCGGCUCGGUCCGGCCGCCUCCGGUGGGACGCUUCUCCUCCUACCUGAGCAGCAUGGACGGCAGCAGGAUGGAGGCCGGAGAGGGGCGGGUCCAGAAGAACGGCAGCGGGACAGGUCUCAGGCUGACUCUGGUCUCCUACCAGAAGUACCAGAAGAUCCGAGGGUUUGGAGGCUCCAUGACGGACGCUGCUGCCAUCAACAUCCUGUCGCUUUCUGCUGCUUCACAGGAGCAGCUGCUGAGGCAAUAUUUCUCCCCAGAAGGAAUCGGCUACAGCGUGGUUCGUGUCCCGAUGGCCAGCUGUGAUUUCUCCACCCGUCUGUACACCUACGCCGACUCACCUGGAGACUACAGCCUGGACAACUUCACUCUGGCAGCCGAGGACGUCCAGAUGAAGAUUCCUCUCCUGCAGAGAGCCCAGGCUUUAUCUCCUGGUCGUCUGUCGCUGCUGGCCAGUGCCUGGAGCGCCCCCGCCUGGAUGAAGACCAACGGUGCCCUGACAGGAAAAGGUUCUCUGAAGGGGCAGCCGGGGGGCAAAGAGCACAAAGCUUGGGCUCGGUACUACGUCAGGUUCCUGGAGGAAUAUUCCAAACACAACCUGAGCUUCUGGGCCGUGACGACAGGAAACGAGCCCUCUGCUGGACAGAUGACCAACUACAGUUUCCAGGCUCUGGGCUUCACCGCUGAGGAGCAGAGGGACUGGGUGUCUCUGGAUCUGGGCCCGGCUCUCCACGCCUCGUCCUUCCCCAGAACCCACGUCCUGAUCCUGGAUGACAACCGCCUGCUGCUGCCCCACUGGGCCAAAGUGGUCCUGAGUGACAUCCAUGCGGGUCGCUACAUCCACGGUGUUGCGGUCCACUGGUACCUGGACGGUGUGGUUCCGGCCGACAUCAGUCUGGGCGUCACCCACAGCCUUUAUCCAGAAUAUUACCUGUUCGCUACCGAGGCCUGCGCUGGCUGGAGGCCUCUGGACCGAGGGGUGAAGCUGGGGAGCUGGGACCGAGCUGAACAGUACGCUCACGACAUCAUCCAGGACCUGAACCAUCACGUGGUGGGCUGGACUGACUGGAACUUGGCCCUGGACCAGACCGGCGGACCAAACUGGGUGAAGAACUUCGUGGACAGUCCGGUUAUAGUGGAUUCAAAGAGAGACGUCUUCUACAAACAGCCCACCUUCUACAGCAUGGCCCACUUCAGUAAGUUCCUGUUGGAAGGAUCUCAGAGAGUCGGAGUGUCGGCCAGCACAGAAACAGACCUGGAGUUCACAGCGUUCAUCAGGACAGACGGAUCAGUGGUUCUCAUCAUUCUCAACAGGUCUCUGUCAGAGAUCCAGUUUGAGGUCUGGGAUCCUGCUGUGGGUUUCCUCCCCUCCACUGCUCCGCCUCAUUCUCUGCUCACGCUGGCUUGGAACACACACUAAUGAAUAAAACCAGUUCACUUACUGGGAAGACAAACAUUUCACAUGCAAACAGCCAGUCAUCACACUGGAACCUCCUCCAUACCAAAGCUGCCAUCACCACUCCACUGACAUUAACAUUUCUAUCAGCAAACCAGAACCUCAGCACAUUUUAUUUGACUUAAAAUGUCUUUUUAUGCAGCACUUGUGAUUAAAACUGGUUCCUGAAAGCACUGAAUGUCGCAUUAACCUGAGCUGCCUUGAUCUUAAGCUGAUAAGAUUCUUGAAGAAAUCAUUUCACUGAUGUACAGAAUCUGUAAAUGUCUUCUGUCUUUAAUUUUAUAGUAAAUAAAAUAAAAAAUGGUGAAAAUGA